UGUACAGACCGUGACGUGCAGUCAUCAAUCUCGAAAAGCAGAACAACGUUGCAGGAAAGAGAAAUACACUUCGCAGUCUGGUAUACCAUUAUCUAACGUUGGAACUGGAGGGACGACGAAGAACUCGGCAAUAAUUUACUCAGAUUUGGCUGCUUGCUCAGCUGGUGGUUGGUUACCUUUCUCCCAUGCACCGGAUGGUGGCUCGCAAGGCAUCACCGUAGUUUGCUGCUAAAAGCAAAUCCUUCUCAUUGCCGGACACGAUCACGUCGCCGGUAUUCCUCGCGAUUUCUCUGGGAGGGCAGGAACGCCUACGAUCUCAAAAUGAGUCCGAACAUGCUGGCUAUGGCCGCGUUGCUCACUAGCACGACUGUUGCUCUUGCGUCCCAUCAAGGCGCAGGACAGCUAAACAUUGAGGAGUUUCCGAUGGUCGAUGUGCAGUUGACGAUGGGAUCCGCUUUCAUGCAAGCCACAGAGCUAAACUUGGAGUAUUUGCUGAUGCUUGAACCAGAUAGGUUGCUGUACAGUUUUCGUGUGACUGCAAACCUUAGCACUCAAGGAGCUCAGCCUUAUGGUGGAUGGGAGGCACCGGACGUUGAGCUUCGAGGUCAUUUUGUUGGUCAUUACCUGAGCGCAACAGCAAUGAUGCGGGCUUCCACACAAAAUGCAACGAUCAAGAAGAACAUGGACUAUGUAGUUUCUGAGCUGAAGAAAUGCCAAGAUGCCAUGAAGACAGGCUACCUUUCAGCUUUCCCCACGUCCUGGUUUGACCGACUAGAGAACCUGAAAGGUGUGUGGGCUCCAUACUACACUAUUCACAAGAUCAUGGCCGGGCUAUUCGAUCAGCAUCGCCUCGCUAGCAAUCCUGAUUCGCUGAACAUGGCCGUGGCUAUUGCCAAGUACUUCUAUGCACGUGCCACACGCGUCAUUGCACAGAACACAUCAGCACUGUGGGAGCAGAUCAUCAACGACGAGUUCGGAGGCAUGAAUGAAGUUCUCUACAACCUAUACAAGGAAACUGGAGAGGCUGAUCUGGCGGACUUUGCGCAUCUCUUUGACAAGCCGGUUCUGAUGGGGCCAUUGGCUGUCAAUGCGGACCUGCUCACCGGACUUCAUGCAAACACUCACAUCCCGGAAGUCAUCGGAGCUGCGAGGAGAUUUGAAGUUCUGCAAGAUCCCACAUACUCGGACAUUGUGACGUAUUUCCUACACCUGAUCAACGCUACUCGCAGCUAUGCGACAGGAGGAAGCAAUAGUGGAGAGCACUGGGGGAAACCCCAUCGCCUUGGGGACACACUCGGGCCAGCAACCGAGGAGACGUGCACAACAUACAACAUCUUGAAAGUGGCACGGCAUCUAUUCAAGUGGACCGGCAGUGCCGCGCUGGCCGACUUCUAUGAACGUGCGCUGCUCAAUGGUAUCAUGGGAGUACAGCGGCCAGGAAACCCCGGCGUGUCUCUCUACAUGCUGCCACUUGGCGCAGGCAAUAGCAAGCCUGCUGCUGCUCACGGCUGGGGAACGCCGUUCGACAGUUUCUGGUGCUGCUAUGGCACUGCGGUGGAGAGCUUCUCCAAGCUGACCGAUUCCAUCUUCUUUAAGACGAACAACACACUGUAUGUCAAUCAGUAUGUCAACUCCAUGUUGCACUGGGACCCGUCUCAGGCAAUCUAUGCUGAACUCAAGUCAAACUUUCCUGUCCCUGAGUGGUCUGGCCGUUCUAAAGUUAUGCCUCCGCCCGAAGCUACUCUGCAACUUGUCAGCCCAACUGGACUAAUGAUCCAUUUCAAUGCCACCAUUAUGCUGAGAAUCCCAAUGUGGACAAGUCAAGUUAGUAUCAAAGUGAACAACCAGCCAUUCGCUGGGCAAGCUAUGCCUGGCAGCUAUGCAAACUUGACUCAGCUCUGGAUAGUGGGCACCAUGAUCUCCAUCUCAUUCACCCCUAAACUUCACACGGAGGGGAUUCUCGACGAUCGUCCCAUGUACAGGUCAUUGACGGCCAUCUUCUAUGGACCUCUUCUUCUGGUUGGCAUGACAACGGGCGACCGGUCACUGACUCUUGAGGGUGAUCAUGGUGAUGUUAGCAAAUGGAUCUCACCAGCACCGUACUCGGACAAUCUCCACUCAUUCCAGCUAUCUGGCAGCAGCCCAUCUCGUAUGUACUUCCAUCAUUCAGGAUUCGAACUCUGGUAUACAACCAUGCCCGCAGAUCCGACACAGGGAACAUUCCAGCCAGACUCGACUUUCCGCGUCAUUUCUACCAAUGCAGCAACUGGGGAUUCAAUGGCUGUGGUGGUGGUAGAAUCUUUUAACUAUCCCGGGUACUUCGUCAGCAGUGCAGGUUUGAAUCAACAGCUUGCUCUGCUGCAAGAUGAUGGCAGCAGUGCGUUCCAGGAGAAGUGCCGCUUUAGCGUUGUGUCCUCUUCCGCCUCCAACAGUACGGUGAUGCUGAAGCAAGGUGACGAUUACGUCUCUACAUACAAAACAAAGAACUCUGCAGUUACUCUUCAAGAAAUCCCCGCUGAUGCUGGUGAGCACAGUGCAUUCAUCACCAGCAGCACAUUCAUAAUGGCUGACGCCAAUACGCUGUAUAAGAGCUACAGCUUCAUUGCUACAGGCAAGAAUCGAAAGUACUUGUUGGUACCAUUGAAUGCUGUUGUGGACGAAGAGUACACCGCCUACUUCAACGUCACCACUGCUGCUUGACCAAGGUCAGCUUCUUCGUGAUAACAUCACGAUCUGUAGGAACUUGUUACCACUAACCUACUUCAAGUACAUUCCAACCGGUUUCCGAGUCACUGUUGCUAGUAGUAAGCAUCAUACUGAGUACAAACUGGAUUGUGCAUACAAUUGCAAUCUAUUUGUAUAGGAAAUGCUUUCUUACCUGAAUCACUUUGGCGGCUUACUUGAGCAAUAUCUAUCAGAAUACCCUAUUCAGUUGAGAACACGCAGUAAGCGCCUGCAAGCCCCACGGACCAUAAUUAACCCACUUGGUUGACCAUUGUACCCCUCCUUCUCCCCCUCCUUUUCAUGGUUUCUCUGACUAAUAGUCUCAAAUCUUUAUUCUCACGAUGCCGGUUUGAUUUAGUCAUGGUUAAACGGCUAUACGGUGCUGCUCAAUGAGCCGCUCGGAGAUCCUAUCUCCGUGAAUACA